CAGAACAAAAUGGAGAGGGGCCUCACACUGAGUCCAGUGGGACACCAUCACCCCAAGAUUUCGAAUAGAAAUGACAUUGUAUGCUGUUUGUAUGGAAUUUCACAGAAGCCCUCAUUUAAAAAAAUGUCAUCGCUUUGCUAUCAAAUAUCAUGUCUGAAUAGGUGUGAAUAUUCUUUGGUGAUGCCAAACCUAUUUAUUAUGUAUCCAUCUAUGCUGUUCGGCCUUCUUGUAUAUUUUGGGUGAAUGAUGUAAUCGAACAAUAAAGACAAAGUCUGCUCAGUACCUCGAAGGGUGUCUUAUAGUUUAUUGCAUUUCUUGGACAUCAGAGAAAUGCACGUCUGAAUAAAAGCACAUAUGGAUUUUUUUUUUUUUGGAGCUGGGGGAAACCUUCCAGGAAAUACCAACCUUUUUUUUUCUCAAAGGCAGAGCUGACCGACAUUCCACCAAGCUGAAAAAUGUGGUUGCAGGACAUAUAUACUUAAGAUUCAUUGAAAUUCAGGUGCUCAAUCCAUGUUGGCCAGAUGUCUUCGGGAAGAAAGAGGAGACGUGUAAGCCAUCCCGGAUCACUUUUCUGUUCUACAUUCUCUCUCUUAAUGUAAUUGGUGAGCGUAAGGAGGAUACGAGGAGAAUUUCGACUUCAUUUGGAGUCGUGAAGAGUUAAGCCCGAGGAGGCCGAAGAAUAUCUGUGCUGUUAUUUGUAAGGAGUAGAGACUUGUAUUUUGUGGCCUACAUAUUAUUUUUCCUAGUAAACAAGCAGAGUUGGACAACUGCCUAGAAGAUCUGGUCACUUCAGUCCAAGUUGGUGCCAGAAAUCCCUCUCAGUCUGGGAAAAUGGAGCAAGACGUUUAAACAGACAACGAAAACAAAGAUGGAAAGCCCGACUCGUCAGGUAUGCGGUUCCAGUUAGCAUCAGAAGGAACCUUCAGAUUCUUUGAUGACUGAAUUUUCACAUUGUUUUCACUCGUGAGAAAUGAAAUGGAUAGUUUGAUGCAUUAGGGACCUGUGCGCUGGCGGUGUUCUCACGGUUUUGGCAGGAUCGAAUGGUUUUAUAGCCAGGACACUGGUGUCUCUCCCCCACCUAAUUAACACAGAGCUGCCUCGCAGACUCCGCUUUAAACUGCUCGGUUAAAACAAUAGCAGCGGGCUGUGGGGAUUAGGUGACGGCGCUAGUGGGUGGAGAGAAAGAGGAAGAGAGAGAGAGAAAGAAAGAGAGGGAGAGGGAGCAUGCUCACUGUCUGGGAGGCAGCUUACUGGAGUACACUUCUACCUUGCCCUACAAGGAUAUUGCAUUCUUUGUGAAGGGAGAUUCCUCUCAAACUGAUCUCUCAUCCCUAUUGUCCUAGAUUAUGCAUGUAAAUGGGAUUAAUAAUCCGGCAAGGCAGAUUUGAGAUUUGAGUGCCAUUUUAUUUUGACAUCCAAAAGGUUUUUUUUUUUAAUUAUUAUUAUUAUUAUUAUUUUAUACAAAGGAUGCAAUAAGGAUAACUCCUGUGUCUUGUGGUUUGGCAUACUUCGACACCAUGGCUACAUUUUACAGCUGCCUGCGAGGAAAGAACAGUGAUUUUGGCAUCAUGGCUUCAGGAUCUGCAGAGGCCUCCGCAGCCCCUGAGUCAUCAGAUGCAUCGGAGGAGUGCCCAGGAAAAAAGAAAUCCAGGUUCCAGACGUUUAAGAACUUUUUUGCGAAGAAGAAGAGGAAGGAGGCUGCAGGUCCAGUGCCGGAGAGCGAAGUCCAGUUGAAGUCCAGUCAGUCCAUCGAAGAUGUUAACGCUGCUGAGCCAACUUCCAUCCACACUGACAAAGACAGUGACUCCAGUUCCACUAUCAACGUGGGAAGCAAGGCCUUGUCACAGGACAGUGUCUUCACCUCUGAUCCACCCUCUCCUGAGACAAUUGAAGCUCUUCAAACCUCACACGACAGCAUUCACAACAAAGUGAAAUCCCUACAGAUGCAGUUGAAGCAGGCGAUCCGACUUGGCUCUCCUCCAGCUGUUAUCUCUGUGAAGAAGAGUGAGGAUGGAGAGGUGGUUUCGGAGGAUGACGGUCUGCCAUGCAGUCCGCCGGAGUACUCCACAAUCCACACCGUGCUCACAACUUCCUCUCAGAGGUCAUCAGGUGUGGUCCAGAGGAGUGGCUCCCUUAGCCUGGAGGGAUCAGACAGCGAUGAUGACCAGAUGUCUGGGGCUUCAUCGAGACCAGUAACCCCACUUGCAUCCAUUCCUGUGGACUUCAGUGAGCCAGCCAGCUCCCUCUCCUGCCUGGACUGUUCCGCUGCCCACCAUCGCAUUGCUGUCAAAUCCAGAGCCUGUGCUAAAAGGAAGCCUGCCAGUAGGGAGCUGUUACAAACCAAGAGAAGGGACCUGAGAGAAAGAAUACUACUUCGAGACACAGAGGACAAACUGAGAGCUGCAAGAACAAGCACAGAAGAGGAGGAGAAUAAAGAUAAUGUUUCAAAAGAUGACGAGGAGAUCAGCGAAGUCCAGGAAGACUCUGUAAUAAGCCCAUCAGUAUUAGCACAGAAUGAGGAGGAGCUGCCGGCAUCUUCUCAAAGUCAAAGAUCAUCUACGAUUUCCAGCCCCGCUGAGGCUUCUGAGGAUGACGAAUGCGUCCCUGACAAGGAUCACAUCGCCAUGUCUGGGAUCCUAGAAUCCUCCUGGGAGAAUACAGUAACACUGAAGCUCCAGACUGAUGACUUCCUGCUGGAUGAAGGAUGCGAGGUUGUCUCAGAAGAGCAGGGUUCACUGCUAGAGGAAGUGCUGAGUUCCCUGAAGGGCCCCCUUGUGUCAGGCCUGGUGCUGGAGUCUGAGGCUACAGUUGAACAGAUGGAGGUUGAAGACACAGCUGAGGAAGAUGUGCUAGAUAACCCGGAUGUGGACGACACGACAGAACACCCUGACUCUACAGAUCCAUGUUCAGUCCUGGACGACCAAUUGCCUUUUGAAAACACACUUUCUGAAUCAGUUACACUUCUACAAGAGGUAGAGAAUGUUUUACAGGAAGAAAAGGUGCCAGAGAGGCAAGAGUUUGCUGAGGAUGUCCCAUUUGAAGAAGAUCUGCAAUUGCAUGAGGGUAGUAUUGAGAGAGAGGAGUAUGAGGUUGAGGAAGACCAAGACUACAGGAAGGACUUGAAGGAGGAAGUAGCUGAAGACGGUGAGAAAAUGGACUGUGCUGGGGAGGAAGUAGUCAUGGAACAAGAGGAUGAGGACACAAAAAUGGAGGAAAAUAUGGAUAAGGAAGAGAAGCAUGAGAGUGAGGAAGAUGCAGAAAAGGAAGCUGAUCAAGAGGAGCAGAUGAUGGUUGAAGACAAUAAAGAGGACGAUGAUGGUGAAGAACUAAAUGAAGAAGAAAUAGAAGAAGAAGAAAAUGAGACCAAAGAUCAGUCAUGUCCAUUAGACGAUGAAGAACAAGAGACCGAGUCGAAUACAAGCAUUAAAAUUGAAAGCUUCCAUGAGACCGACCGAAGUGCCUCAGUGUCAACAGAGGUUGUGAACCAGCCUGAGGAUCUUUUAGCACAGGAGUGUACUGAGCAACCUCCCUUUAUGGUCAUGACCUCUCUUGAGCUCAGUUUUCCCAAGAAAACCUCAAACCAGCCCAAGGAGACAGAAUAUGGUCCUGAAAUUUUACAGGAGGACGCCAAUGAGCAGCAUGAACUUCUGGAAGAAUGUGAAGAUCAGUCCACAGAAAGUCUGCAGAUUGAUGAUGAAUCUUCAGAGCUGCGUCAAGAGGAGGUGCUGUCUGAGAGUCACCAGUCAAGCUCAUCUGAAAGUGAGGCUGCUAAAGAGUCAAUUCAGGAGGUCUCACCAUCUGCAACAGAUGAUCCUGUAUUCAACAAGUCCCCGAGCAGAGAUCAGUCUUCUGAUUCCAUGAGAGCUGAGCCAUCUGCCAGCCAAGUGGAGACUCCGAGUCUGCCAUCAUCCCCUCUCCAGAGAGAGAUAUGCCAAGCUGAUGAGGACACAACCCCAGAGAACCCGUUUGGAGUACGGCUGAGAAAGACGCCAGUUCUGCACCGCUACGCUUCUGAAGUAGAAAGUCCACCUCCCAACACGGAGCCCAUGGAGACACAGAAAUCACCGUUCUUAGAGCAACUUUCCAGGAAACCUGCUUUACCCAAGAAGCCUGAUCAGGUGGCUGAUGGUGUUGUGAAGCCCAAAAGAACCUCAGAUGUGGCUGGUAAAGCGUCAGUGGAAAGCUCAGAGUCUCCAAGCUGGAUCUCUUUGGCCAGACAGAAGCAGAAAGUCUUCAAAGAGAACUCCCUGGACGAAUCACCUGAGAGCAAGGUCGCUACCCAGGAUGAAUUCAACAAGAAGGGUUUAAUGGACGAUCCGUCAAGUCCAGUUACCAAGGAGCAGCUAAAACCUGUUGCUUCACCAGUUAAAGUGUCAUGUUCUUUGGAGAUAUCCAAACCAGUACUGGUGGAAAAGGAGAAGAGGACCAUCAGCCACCCGGUUCCAGCUCCUCUAACCCAGGAUGAGCCUCCAUGGCUGGCCCUGGCCAAGAAGAAAGCCAAAGCCUGGAGCGAAAUGCCACAGAUUGUGCAGUAAAGACCAAGAAAACACCAGGCUCAGAGCUUCUUUCCAGGACAUUUUUGCACACACAGAAAUGAACUUGUCCAGUAAUUGAGAUGUCUCUAUCUUUCUCAUCUUUCGCUUUGCACACACACACACAAAAAAAAACCCACACACAGACUUCUAAGCAAUAUAAUUGGAAUUGAUUUCCCCCGUUUGAACAUCCUUGUACCCUAAAGGUAAGAAAACACUAGUUUUAAUUGUUAACACGGAUAAAGUGGCCUUAAAGCUUAAAUUAAACAUUUUUCCAGAGGCUUGUCUGAAUUUGUUUUCAUGUUCUUUUUAAUCAAUGAUACAUCACGAUACCUUUUCACCCUUGAUCAGUUUUUGAGGUAAUUGUCUAUGGGGGGGGAAAAACAACAACAUAGACAUCUUUGUAUUUAUUUAUCUCAUUCAUGUAAUGUUUUAUGCAGUGUUGUUCUAUUUUUGUAUUUCCUUUAAAGUUGUGUUUACUGUACAUAAACAUUAAUAAAAAGAAAACUGUCCAGA